UCUUUUCAUCUGAAUAGUAGCUUGCAGUCCUAGAUCACCAAAAAUUUACUCACCAUAUCGACGCCAUGUCUUCAGCCGAAAAUCCCGAGCCUCAGGAUGAAGGAGUCACGACAACCAAGUCAACAUUGCCUCCUGGUAGUAAGAGCUCCUCCUCUCUCCCGCCGGCUGUCGAGUCCCAGCCCCGUUCCGAUGCACACUCGGAGGGCGAAAGAGAGGCGUCAGAAGCAGCGAAAGUCCUGCCAAGUCAUUCCGACAUCCAAAUUGAAGAGAGGCCAAGACAUGAAGACCUCGCAACAGCAAGCCCUCGUUCCGAAGAGAAGCAAGUGCAGCAGAUGAUUGUUCCGAAUAGCGCCCAGUUAAUGGUCACGCCGCUGGAACAAUUGACUACGAAACCGGCGCAAAUAGACUGUCCUUACUGCCAUCGAUGCACAAUGACCUCGGUUACCGCGGAAGGCACUUCGAUGCAAGCCGUCGUGGGCGUUCUGUUGUGCUUGAUCUGUGUUUGUGCGGCUUGUCUCCCUUGUGCGUGUGGCUGGUUCGAGAAUCACCAUGUCUACUGUUCAUCUUGCAGGAAAAAGGUAGCUAUCAUCUCCGACGAUGGUUUUGUUCAAGUUAUUCGGCCCGUUGAGCAGCGUUAAGUGCCAUCUGCUUUCCCAGCGAAAACUCAAUACAUGUAGUACAGAAAUAGGUUUUUUUUUCUGGUUUUCUAUAUAAAGGUCAUGUACUUGUGCAAAGGGGUGACACACGCACCUUAUCACUAACAUUCUAUUUAAGAAGUGUUAACGU